AUGCACGUGGAUCCCCAUAAUCUCUUACCUGAAAGUGGUUCCUGCGGCGAUAGCGGCGCCAAGCCCACAGACACCCAUCAGGAUGACUCUCAGACAGCGGUGGGCGGCAUUGUCCGACGGACGCGUGACUGGGUGAAGCUGAAUGUUGGUGGGACGUACUUCACGACAACCUUGGCCACGCUAUUCUCGGAGCGUGAUAGCCUACUAGCAUUGUUGGUUCAGAGCGAGAUGGAGCGGAUGGCGCCUGUUGACAGGGAUUUGGAUUGCGCCAUACUGCUGGAUCUUGACCCGCUCUACUUUGGCCCCAUACUGAACUAUCUGAGACACAAUGUGCUUGUCAUCCCACCCGGCGUUCCUGCCGCUGGUGUGUUGGCUGUCGCAGAGUACUUGAACUUGCAGGGGGUGAUGCGGCAGCUUGCGCCAGAGCGUCAAACGAGGCGGCAGCUACUGUACAGUUGGGGCUCUGGUACCUCAGGGGAGCUGGGGACGCAGCGAUUUCAGGACUGCAGCACACCAACGCUGGCGCAAAUUACGCCCUUUGGUGUACGUGUGGUGGAUGUCGCGCUCGGCGCCAACUACAGUUGUGCCCUCUCCGAUGACGGUAACAUUUACACGUUUGGCAACGGGGACUGGGGUCAACUUGGGCUUGGCAGCCCACGCGAGCUUGACGAGCAUCCGGAUGACAAGUCAGCGGUGGUGACGGUGCCACGGCGCAUUCCACUGUUUGAGCAACAUCCAGCCGUGCACCUCGCCGCUGGUUACGCGUUUGCCAUGGCCCUCACAGCAGAUCACCAUGUCUACUUUUGGGGAAACAACAAUCACGGGCAGAGCGGUCUCGGACCACGGUACUUUGACUACUCGCUGCGAAAGGUGGAGGAGCCAACGCUUGUGGAGACGCUGGAGGGAAAACGUAUUGUGCAAUUGGGCUGUGGGAGCUUUUUUAGUUUGGCGCUAGACGACGACGGGAUACUGUACAGCUGGGGCUUAUUAGAGUGCCUGGGGUUGGGCUCAACCGAGGAGGUGCGGGCGACGAUCAGUGACCCUUCCAUUAUUAGCGAGUCCCUCAGCACGGAGAAGCGAACAGUGGUGUUGGUUCCGCAGGUUGUGCGUGUGCCAACGGAUCACAAACUCAUACGCGUGCAUGCGGGGCAGUGGCACAGUGGGGUGAUCAACACGGCCGGCGAACUUUUCACAUGGGGCGUUGGGUAUCAGGGACGUCUUGGGCACGGUGACAAGGAACCAGCGCUGGUGCCAACUAAAGUACGCGGUGCCCUCACUGGGCAGCGUGUGGUAGAUGUGGCCUGUGGAUCUUUCCACACCGUAGCGUUGACGGAACGGGGGGCUGUGUAUUGCUGGGGCGACAAUGCCAGUGGUCAAUGUGGGGCAAAAUCCGGCGUGGAUACGGUCACCUCUCCAUAUCGGGUCGUAAACCUCGAGUUUGUAGCGGGGGGUGUUGUCAAGGCAAUUUCCUGCGGCCGUCAACAUACAGUGGUGGCGAUGCAGGGACCGCAGUCGUGGUGCCAGCGCCCGUGCUGCAGGUUGGACCACAGUGGCAGGCCACGGGCACCACAUGGGCAGGUCUUCACGUUUGGCGAGGCAAAUCGAAUGGCGAGCGGUGGGGCGAGCAGCGGCGGCCCAAGCAUGUGCGGCAAGGCACAAGAAAGCAAGGUUCUCCGCCAGUUCCGUCUUGUACCCUCACUGAAAGAUCUAAAUGUCACUAAUGUAAAGAGUGGGCUACACCACACAUUUGUCUUUGCAGAGGAGUUGGCGAAUCCACUGACCGUAGCUGGAAUGGGUGCGGCAGGCAUGAUGGUCGGUGACCUAACGGAUGGUGUUGGCCUGCAGACUGUGCCUUCACCUCGGGACUGGGCGGGGAGCGACGCAUCCAAUGGGGUGUCAGUGGCCUGGCGCAAAGUGCGUAGAGGAGCUGAACAGUGA